AAAAUAAAAACCAUACAUUAUACAAAGCCAUAUUUACUAAUCACAAAUUAAACGGGAAUCUUUAUUUUAAUUAAUAGUAUACACUCGCACACACUCACAUCUCUGGAUUUUUAUAUAAAUACACUUCAUCUUCUUUAAUCCACAAACUCACACACACUCUCUGUUUUUUUCUUCCAUUCUAUUACCAGAAAACAGAGUUCCAGAGAGAGAAAAAAAUGGAAUUGUCGAGUCAAAUGAAUGUGUUCGAAGAGCUUCUUGUUCCGACAAAGCAAGAAACCACCGACAACAUCAACAACAUGAGCUUUAAUGGCGGAUUUGAUCAUCAAUUCUUCCCAAAUGCAUAUAAUAUUGAUUACCUCUGUUUCAACAAUGAAGAAGAAGACGAAAAUACCCUUCUUUAUCCUUCUUCUUUCAUGGAUCUAAUCUCUCAACCUCCUCCAUUGCUUCUUCACCAACCACCACCGUUACAACCACUGUCGCCGCCGUUAUCAUCCUCCGCUACCGCCGCCGCAGCAUCAUUUGAUUACCCUUUUCUUGAGGCUUUACAAGAGAUAAUUGACUCUUCUUCCUCUUCACCUCCAUUGAUCCUUCAAAAUGGUCAAGAAGAGAACUUUAACAAUCCGACGUCGUAUCCAUCUCCAUUGAUGGAGUCUGAUCAGAGCAAGAGCUUCAGUGUUGGUUACUGUGGAGGAGAGACGAACAAGAAGAAGAAUAAAAAACUCGAAGGCCAACCUUCUAAGAAUCUCAUGGCGGAGAGACGACGGAGAAAACGACUUAACGAUCGUCUUUCUAUGCUCCGAUCCAUCGUCCCAAAAAUCAGCAAGAUGGACAGGACAUCGAUAUUAGGAGAUGCCAUAGAUUACAUGAAAGAGCUUUUAGACAAAAUCAACAAAUUACAAGACGAGGAACAAGAACUAGGAAAUAGCAACAAUUCACAUCACUCUAAGCUCUUCGGUGAUCUCAAGGAUCUUAAUGCAAACGAAUCUCUGGUCAGAAACUCUCCAAAGUUUGAAAUAGAUCGGAGAGAUGAGGAUACUCGAGUUGAUAUAUGUUGCUCUCCAAAACCGGGAUUGCUUCUAUCGACUGUUAAUACAUUAGAGACUCUAGGCUUGGAGAUUGAACAAUGUGUUAUAAGCUGCUUUAGUGAUUUCUCUUUGCAGGCUUCUUGUUCUGAGGGAGCUGAGCAGAGAGAUUUCAUAACAUCGGAGGAUAUAAAACAAGCAUUAUUCAGAAACGCAGGUUAUGGUGGAAGUUGCUUGUAAAAUGAGUUAUCAUGAUUGAAAUUAAUAAACCAAAAUUAUUGUUUAUUUUAAAUAAUACUAGCGCGUAUAAACUUUAGAUGUUGUGUUUAUAAUUUAUAUAAUUCCCUUGUGAGUUUGAAUUUUUUUCUUGGGGAAAACAUUAUGAGUUCAGUUGUACAACAAAAAAAGGAAAUU